UAUGUGUAACUAACCAUCUGUCCCUUGUGAAAGUGUGAUUAUUAUUUUGAUUAAAAAUUUUAAAAUUUAAUUACUGGCAGACUUAUUCCUCUAAACACCCAAAUCAAAGUCUUAGUUUGGGAAACCUGGCGUUGACAGAAAUUUCUUUGUCAAUUUGACUUCCGUAACAUUGAGCUGACGUGAAGAAUAAUGGCUGUCAAGCAAAAAGUUGUGGGGUAUGUGGCGCCUUCAACAGAAGCGCGCCUACAAAUUAUUCUCAGAGUUCUACAAGAUACGCAACUCCGAGAUGGUAAUAGAAAUAAUAAGUAUGCCCAAAUUGUUAUGGCUUUGGGGACCGUCACAGUACCAAAUGAUCCUGCGACAUACAUGAAAUUUAUAGAAGACAUCAAAAGUGUCCAGAGCAUUCUAGUAAAAGAGUGUGCAAAUAUGGAAGUGAUAUUUGUAACACUUAAAGCUUUAUAUGAUGAAAUUUGUAAUCCAACAAAAAGCCCAUCGCCCGUGAUGUCUAUUGUAUUGCAAUUAAUUGAUUUGGAUUCAAUGCCAGGUGCUGUUAAAUAUAUUAUGAACUCUGGUUAUCCUGAAAAAAACCUUGAAAGAGCUCUCUACACUUUAUGUAUUUGGCUAACAAAAUGGACUUGGACUGAAAAUCUUGGUCCAUUGGUACUUUGCUAUAUGAAAGGUCUUGAGGCGGAACAUCAUUACGAUAUUUUGGUGGAGGUCACCUUGGCAACUAUUGAGCCCCUUUUUAAACUCUUAAUCUUGCCAUCCAGCAGGAAAUGUGUAUCACCUGUGAUUCAUUAUAUGCUAACGCGAAUGCAAAAUAAUCCCCAAGCAUUUCACAAAGUGAUACCUUAUAUUCCUAAGCUAGUUGAAAUUCUUGAGAAAGAGGAUACAGGUCGCGCAUAUUUACAGCAACUCGUCAGUCUAUUUGUGGCCUUAAUUGAUUUAUUUCCUGGUCAUGAGGAUUUGUAUGAACCCCUACAGAGGAUACUUCAUCCUUAUUGUGUAGGAAUACCAUACAAAAAGGGAAUCAAUUGCCAGCCAUGGUCUGAUGGUGUUAAUAUAUCUCUUUCAACCAGGUCAAUUAGUAAAGUGGGACUCAACAAUCUAGGAAACACAUGCUACAUGAACAGCAUCUUGCAGGCUUUAUUUAUGACAAAAACUUUCAGAAACAAAAUUCUGCUUAAUAGUCGUCCCAUGAUGCCACUGACAUCAAAACUGCAAAUUUUGUUUGCCCUCAUGCAACAUUCUAAAAGAUUCGCUAUUUCACCAAAAGAUAUUUUGCUGCUUUUGAGACCUCCGGGUUUUGUAGUGGGUCACCAGCAUGAUAGUUCGGAAUGUUUAGGAUACCUUUUGGAUACUUUGCAUGAACAAGAAAAGGGUGUCCCUGCAAGUGAUAUAACUGUGGCGGAUGAAAAAUUGGAUCAGCCUGCAACAACUGUGACUGUUGUGCAGCAAUCUUUUGGCGGGAAAACAAUGACCGUGUCAAGAUGCGCCAGAUGUGGCACCAAGAGCGAGAAUGUUGAUAAUUUUAGAGAUCUACAACUCUCUAUUCCGAAUGGAGAUGAGAACCAGUCAGUACAAAAUUUAUUGGAUUAUUUUCUUCAACCUGAAAAACUCUGUGGCGACAAUCAGUAUAGAUGUGAUCUAUGCAACUGUUUAACUGAUGGCGAACGAAUCACAAAAAUUGUGGAAGCGCCGGCGCGCCUGGUGCUCACUCUGAAACACUUUCGAUACGACGCCGCGUCCCACACAAGGACCAAGCUACUCCAGAGGGUCAAACUGGACAACCAGAUCUGCUUGGACGGUGCACAAUUCGACUUGUACGCCGCCGUGGUGCACUACGGCACGAGCGUCGAUUGCGGCCAUUACUACACUUUCGCGAAAGACGACGCCGAAUGGUACAAGUUCAACGACUGUUCCGUGACCAAGACCUCGGAAGAGGAUCUGCACUGUCUAAAACCGCCUGAAACUCCCUACAUACUAUUCUACAACAGGGAAGACGUGACAGAACCGAAUAAUUUGCCCUGCGGUUCACUCUCGCCCGCCUUGCAAUCGAUCCUCGCCAAAGACCAUUCCGAAUUGGAGCAGGAAACGAAAAGAUCGAGCGUCAACAGGACGUACGCCAGGAAACAGAACAGGAACGAUCAACCACCUCCGCCCGGUUGCGGCGGCGGCGGGUCCAAUUCCACCGCCGGCAACAUGUUCGUAUGCUAGUUUUCGGAUUUCGAUUUCGUUAUUUAUUAAAGUCCCGGUGCGAUAAGUGGUAUCCGCGAGCUGGAUCCUCACAGAAAUUGCCGUGGGAGCGGAUCAGAUCUCGUUUGUUAUCUUUUUUUUUAAAUAUAUAUCUGUGUGCUUUAAAUAAAGUCCUGAAGGAAGGCGGAGAUCAAUUAAGUGCUUUAAAUACAGACGACGGUUAUUAGUUGACUAAAUGGACCUAGACCUACACCACUCAUCGAAGACCUCAUUCAUAGGCAACAGUCUUGCGCCCCCUAUCAGGUGUGAAACAAAAUAAGAAUUUGAUUUUAUUUAUUUUUUAAAUUUAUUAAUUGGUUUUUCUGAAUAUCUGAUGUAUGAAUAUUAAACAAAACAGUUUCAAUGUUAACUAAUUAAUUAAGAAGUAUUGCUUCCUUUACUUCUUAUUAAUCCAUUCCUACUCUCAGAUGAUUUAUCCGAUCGUGAAGGCAUUAAGGUCCUGACUGUUUAUUGGCUCUUGAUGUUGUAUAGUGUACAACUCUGGCGACAAUUAAAGACGUGUUCCAUGAGAUUCAGGUCUGGUGAAAAAGGCAGCCACUUCACAUAAUCGUCGCUCAUCUAAACGGCAUUAACUCUGUGAAUGAAAAUAAAAUUGUCGGGGACUUCUUAUCUAUAUAUUAUAACAUUGUUCACCUAAGAAUUUCCAUUCACUGUUUGCGAGCAAUGAAGAAAAGUUGUUUUGACCAUAUUAUUAUAUUAUGUUGUUAUUAGAACAGGGUGAUUGUAUUUUCGUGAACAAUCAGAACUCUCUAUGCAAAUUCCACAUUUUGAAUCUUAUGUCAAAGUGACAUUUGCAUAUUCAAAUAGAGCAAUCGAUUUCUUCCACUGAAAGUCAUUGUUAUAUAUUUGAGAUUGAUUUUUUGAUGUUCUAAAAAUAAAUAUACACAUAGCGAUUAAAAAAUAACAUUAAACAUUUUAAAUUAAAACUUUUUUUCAAAUGGAAACACCUCGUUUUUAUAAUUUUAUCGUAUUAAGCAUUCAAAGAUUUCUUUGUAUAACGUUUCCUAAGUUGUAGAUUUCGGCAUAAAA